AUGGCCUGGCAACCAGAACAAGAGCCAUUGCGGCAACUCUCAGGAUGCCUAAGAGACUCUCUUAGUGGUCAUAACAAGACCGCGCAGAAGCAAGCUGAAAUUAUGCUUUCUCAAGCCAAAUCCUCUCCAGAUAUCAACAACUACCUUACGUAUCUAUUUUCAAGCUCGCAAGCUCCUCCCGGAUUAAACUACUCACCAGAAGAAUACCAUGCAGUUCGAUCUGCUGCAGCUGUCAUGCUGAAGAACAAUAUCCGAACUGGUUACAAAGCUAUUCCCCAAGAUAGCUUGGCACUCGUUCGCUCGUCAGUACCUCUAGCAUUACAAGAUAAGAAUCAGUCAAUACGAAGCUAUGCUGGAAAUGUUAUUACGGAGAUCGUCAGUCGAGGUGGAAUUCUAGGUUGGCCACAACUUCUUCCAGAACUGCUGGCAUUGAUUGGCAACGACAGCGGGGCGGUCACUCCUGAAGCACAAGAGGGUGCAAUGGCUGCUUUGGCUAAAGUUUGCGAGGAUAACAAGAAGAUUUUGGACAAGGAAUAUGGCGGACAGCGACCCCUUGCGUUCAUUAUCCCCAAGCUGAUUUCAUUUACGACCAACGAGAAGCCCAAAGUUCGGUCGUUAGCUCUCGGAAGCAUCAAUGUGUUCAUCCCUCAGAAGCCUCAGGCUCUUCUCGUCUCCUUAGACCCUCUCUUGAACUGUUUGUUCCAACUAGCAAACGAUCCAUCCUCGGAUGUGCGAAGACAGGUGUGCCGAGCUUUUGUUCAGAUUGUUGAAAUCAGACCCGACAAGAUUCUACCUCAUAUCGAGGGUUUAGUCGAGUACAUGCUCGCCCAACAGCGCAAGAUUGAAGACGAGGAGCUGGCCUGUGAUGCGGCUGAAUUCUGGCUGACCGUUGGAGAACACAACGAGUUAUGGAAAUCACUAGCUCCCUACCUGCACAAGAUUAUCCCUGUUCUUCUGGAAAGUAUGGUUUACAGCGACGAGGAUAUUGCAAUGCUGGAAGGUGGUGGAAACGAUGCCGAAGAGGAUGAUCGUGAGGAGGAUAUCAAGCCAAAAUUUGCGAAAAACAAGAGUGCGAGAACACUUGCAAAUGGUGACGAGGAAGGAGGAGAACAGAAUGGAGCGAAUUACCAGAAGUUGAGCGGAAUGGACGACGAUUUGAGCGAAGGAGAAAUUGAAGAGUUCGACGACGAUGACGACGAUGCGAAUCCAGAAGAUCGCUGGAACUUACGGAAAUGCUCUGCUGCUGCUCUCGACGUGUUCGCAUCAGAUUUCAAGGCGCCCGUCUUCGAGACAAUUCUGCCUUACCUCAUGACCAACUUGAAGCACGACGAAUGGCCAUUCAGAGAGGCUGCUGUACUUGCACUCGGAGCAGUAGCAGAAGGUUGUAUUGAUGUUGUAACGCCACACCUGCCUGAAUUAGUCCCAUAUCUAAUCUCGCUGCUCAACGACCCCGAGCCCCUUGUUCGACAAAUCACAUGCUGGACCUUGGGAAGAUAUUCUUCUUGGGGGGCUAAUCUCAACACUCCUGCUCUACGAAGCCAAUACUUCGAGCCUAUGAUGGAGGGCAUUUUGACGAAGAUGCUGGAUCAGAACAAGCGGGUACAGGAAGCUGGUGCGUCAGCGUUCGCACACCUCGAAGAGAAAGCUGGUGCCAGCAUCACCCCUUACUGUGAACCAAUCAUCCGCCAGUUCGUCCGGUGUUUCGAGAAAUACAAGGACAGAAACAUGUUCAUCCUAUACGACUGCGUGCAGACGUUGGCCGAACAUGUGGGCCACGGCCUUGCCCAGCCCCAACUGAUUGAAUUAUUGAUGCCCGCCCUCAUCCACCGGUGGAAUAAGGUUUCUGACCAGUCUCGCGAGCUCUUCCCGCUCCUCGAGUGUCUAUCAUACGUUGCGAACGCCCUUGCCGAGUCCUUCGCCCCAUUUGCGCAACCCGUUUUUACCAGAUGCAUUCAGAUCAUCCAUCAAAACCUGGAAGAGUACCUUGCCUCUGUUCGAAAUCCAAUUUUAGACACUCCAGACAAGGACUUUCUCGUAACGAGCUUGGACCUCUUGAGCGCUAUAAUUCAGGCACUUGAGCAAAAGCAGUCCACCGAGCUCGUAUCCGGCUCCCAGCCACGCCUAUUUGAGCUGCUCCAGUUCUGUAUGGAGGAUCCAGAGAAUGAUGUGCGCCAAUCAUCAUAUGCACUUCUCGGCGACUGCGCAAAAUAUGUCUUCCCGCAGUUGGAGCCUUUCCUGGGAACCUUGCUACCCCUACUCAUCCAACAGCUUGACUUGGACUCCAUUCUGGAUGAACAAAUCGAAACAGGUUUCAGCGUUAUCAACAAUGCAUGCUGGUCUGCUGGAGAGAUUGCCAUUCAGCAUGGCAAAGGAAUGGAGCCGUACGUUCCACAGCUACUUGAGAGAUAUCUGGCAAUCCUAGGAAAUCCAGAAGUCCCAAAGUCUGUACUUGAAAAUGCUGCGAUCGCUCUCGGGCGUCUAGGGUUAGAAAACUCCGAAAUCAUGGCACCCCAUCUGUCCACCUUCUCGGAGCCCUUUCUAAAGUGCAUACAGAGCGUUGACUAUACGCUCGAGAAGGCAACCGCGUUCAAAGGCUUCAGUCUCACUAUUCUGGGCAAUCCACAAGCAAUGGAGAAGGAUCUUGGUCGAUACUUUACUGCUGUUUCUCGGUACAAAAUGACAGAUGCAUUCAAUACUCCUUUGACAGCCGAUUUGCAGCAGAUCUUUCAGCAUACUAUUGAUCUCUACAAAUCGCUUGUACCUGACUUCGGUGUGUUCAUCAGCAGUCAGAUUUCAGCACCGGAUGCCAACAACCUUCGCACGAUCUACAAUCUAUGA